AUGCCGGUUCUUUCUCUGGCAUAUCAUGAAAAUCUGAAUCCAGUAGAGUCAUCGUUUCGUCAUGAUUUUCGUCACCAUCAUAACAGUCUGACAGGCGCUGUGAAGAAGAGUUUUGCCGAAUAUGUGCAAUCACAUCACGUGCUGGUUGCUAACCGCAUAUACAUGCUCAUCGCCAAGCUGCUUAUCUGGUUGCGUCUUGAGUCUGGUCUCCACCAAAAAAAGGACUGCCUGUUCUUCAUUGAUAACGGACCGAAACGGAAUAUCACUGCACGUCAAUUAGCUCGACGUCUCUCCAAACAUUAUGGAGUAGCUGUGCAUGAGGUAAGAAUCUCUAUAAUAGUUGAUUUAUAA